UUCUAAACAUUAUGUUAACAUAUAGUAUCAUGGCAUCUCCACUGAGGAGUCUAGUUUACGAUGAUAACCGCUACCAGAAGGCCUUCCAUCUUUUUCUGGAGCGCUCCUCCGAACAUCAGUGUAUGCAGGACUUUAUUCACAAUAUCCUACCAGACAUAGUGGCCAGCAUCGGAAAUGGGAAGUCUCAUCUUAUUUCCAUUGGAGUUGGAAGUGGUGAUGGUCGCAUUGACCUAGAGAUGUUCUCUGAGCUCCAUCUGAAGCACCCCGGGGUGACGGUAGACCACGAGGUGGUGGAGCCCAGCAGCCAGCAGCUUCAUAGCUACAAAGUGUUGGUGUCACAGAAGUCCGAUUUGGAUUACAUCACAUUUAAGUGGAACAAGAUGACUGCCUCUGAGUUUGAGGACCAAUGGGAACUAAAGCAGAUGACAAAGAAGGCGGACUUCAUUCACAUGAUUCAGAUGCUGUACUAUGUCAAGGAUGUUGAAGCCACCAUCAGAUUCUUCCGGAGUCUCCUUGACAAGGACGGAAAGCUUGUCAUUAUUCUGGUGUCUGAUGAGAGUGGUUGGGGAAAGUUGUGGCGGACCUUCAGGGGUCAGCUGUGUGCCUGCCAAAUAAGUCAGUUAGUGACCACGGCAGACGUCAAAAACUUCCUGGACUCGGAGGGCGUGCAGUACAAGAGCUACGUGCUGCCUUCUCAAAUGGAUAUCACCGAGUGUUUCACAGAAGGUGACGAGAGCGGAGAGCUGCUGCUCGACUUCCUCACUGAGGUGUAUCACUUCAGCCGAACGGCCUCGCCGCAACUCAAAGCCGAUGUCAUGAAGUUACUGCGAGACCCGGCUUGUUCUCUGGAGGCAGACGGGAAAGUUGUCUUCAAUAACAACCUUGAGGUGAUAGUUGCCGAUUCACCCAGAUAAACGUUAAUGGGAAUGCAAUACAGAUGUGUAAAAUGAGCCAAAAUAGGGGGGAAGUUCUUGAUUUGACUGCUGAUCUUACAACAAUAAUUUUUUUUUUAUUAUUAUUAUUCAAUUUCAAUAGCAAUUGUACAUAAUAUUGUUCCCAAAAAGGUUGUAAUCAGCAACAGUAGAACACAACCCAUUUCAAUGUGUUUUUUGUUCUGAUUUUGAAUGAAAUUUCACCCAGGGAAAUAGAAUUAAUCCAAUUUGUGGUCAAUCUUAAAACAUUUACUGACUGUACAGCCAUUAAUGUUUGGAGUAACAUUUAAAUAUUCUCAUCUGUCAUACACUUGUGAAACGGCUAAAACAAUAAUAAAUCUUGCAUAUUUCUUGCUAUGGUUAUCAA